AUGGCUAAAACUCAAUAUAAUUCUGAUAAUACAGUAAUGUAUAUAUUUACUUGGGAUAAUUCUGAUGGGAAAAAACAAUCUGUAUCAAGUAAUAAGUCUACAAGCAAUAUAGUGACUUUAUUUUUACAA